CAUUAGCCCACAAUCCAAACACCCUCUAUGGCUUUGUGCGUGACCGACGCGACACGAGCACUGGCUUGCCGAGACGGCAGAGCCGCGGCGAACCUGAAACUCGUGUCGAUGUUCGUUAUCUUCUUCACGAGUGUCAUCGGAAUAUCGUCGCCAGUGAUGCUCGCGCGUUUAUUUCAAGGAAAACCCGUCUACGAUAAAGCAAUUCUAAUAAUCAAGUGCUUCGCUGCCGGCGUAAUUCUAUCCACCUCACUCGUCCACGUACUUCCCGACGCAUUCGACUCCCUCUCCGACUGUCAGGUGGCGUCGCACCACCCAUGGAAAGACUUUCCGUUUUCAGGGCUUGUAACCCUAAUCGGUGUUUUGACGGCGUUGCUCGUUGAUUUGACGGCGACUUCACAUGUGGACAGUCACAGUCACAGCCAUAGCCAUGGCAACAAGGGGAGUAGUGAAUAUACGCCGAUUGGGACACAUGAGGGAUUGGGGACGGCGUGUAAGAAAUCGGCGGAGACAGAAGUGGAAUUGGUGGUCGACGACCGGCAAUCGGAAGAACUGGUGAAGUUAAAGCAGAGGCUGGUGUCGCAGGUGUUGGAGAUAGGGAUUAUAUUUCACUCGGUGAUCAUAGGGGUGACGAUGGGGAUGUCUCAGAAUCAGUGUACGAUCAGGCCGCUAGUUGCUGCUCUGGCGUUCCAUCAGAUCUUCGAAGGGAUGGGUCUCGGAGGUUGCAUUGCUCAGGCGAGUUUCAGCUUUGGAACAACGGCCUACAUGUGCUUUAUGUUUUCAGUGACAACUCCAAUGGGGAUAGUGUUGGGAAUGAUUGUGUUCUCGGUGACUGGCUACAAUGACAGCAGCCCUAAUGCCUUGAUUCUGGAAGGGUUGUUGGGGUCCCUAUCGUCUGGUAUUCUCAUCUAUAUGGGUCUGGUAGAUCUCAUAGCUCUUGAUUUCUUUCAUAACAAGUUGAUGGGUUCCCAACCAUGGUUGAAAAAGGCAUCUUUUAUUGCCCUUGUCCUUGGCUCUACGUCAAUGUCUAUCCUUGCCCUUUGGGCGUGAAAUUAUGUCCCCAGUAACAUCAUCAAAAUGGAAAUCAGAAAAAAGGUUGCAAUUCAAAUUACCAUGCCUAUUGUUUUCCGUUCAUGCUUAAGACAAUGGCCUCAUUUAGAAAUUUCUUAUAAGAUCCUGUCAAUCCUCCUAGCUUCAAGGAAUGUAACUGAGGCCAGAUGUCUGUUCUGAAUUAAGGAAACUAGUGAGCUAGUUGAAGGUGCUAAAACUGUGAUAAGAUGAAUGCAAAUGAUAUCUAAUAAUCUUGAUCUACGUUGCCUUGAAAAUGUACAAAAGUUCCAAGAAAGCCUUUUAUCAUUAAUCUAGAAAACAUGCAUGUUUUAUAAGCUGUUACCACUUUAAAAGUGUUGUAUUUUGGGUUCAUAAAUUCGAAAAC